UUGCCAACAUCUUCAACCAUGCACGCGCUUGUGCUCUACCUGCCUUUGUUCCAUCUCCUUCCCUACAUCGUCGGGGCUUCCACCAAAAACCCACAGCCUUACACUACUCCAACUGACUAUAUUUUACUCAACUGUGGUUCAACCUCCAACUCAACCUCAAUCGAUGGACGGAUUUGGGAAGAUGAUGAUGAUGAUGAUGAUAAUUCCAAAUUCUCUUCCUCCAACACGCAAAACGCAUCAUUAGCAUCCACAGACGACCCAUAUGUGACCGGAGUUCCGUACAUGACCGCUCGCAUUUUUUACUCCAAAUCCACCUACUCUUUCACCGUCUCCACCGGCCCAAAGUUUAUCCGCCUCUACUUCCAUCCAGCCACAUAUGCCGGCCUCGAUAAAACCACUUCCUACUUCUCUGUCACGUCCAAUGGUUUCAUGCUUUUAACCAAUUUCAGUGCCUUUCUCACUGUUUCCGCAAUGGGAACCUCCGUAGUCAGAAAGGAAUUCGUCAUCAACGUGCAAAACAAUCAAAGGCUCAACAUAACUUUUAUUCCCUUGCCAAACUCUUAUGCCUUCAUCAACGGUAUCGAAGUCGUUUCUAUGCCAAACAAUCUGAACCGAUCAGACAGGAGUCUUGCCGGGCUCAACCCGGACCCGGACCCGGUUCCAAUUACCUCGUCAAUCAAAACCCAAGUUCAACCAUUGACCAAGUCAAAAUAUAAUCGGAAGACAACAAUUGCAAUAAUCAGUGGUGCAAUUUUCGCCGUCGCUGUAGCACUCUCUAUCCUUGGUUUACUAGUGGCUUUCCGGCUGAUCGGUAAAAGAGUCAAGGACGUGGGGUCCACCGGUAUUGCUUCAUGGUGGGGUCUACUUCCUUGCACUGGGACCAAGUUAACCAAGGCGCAGGGCUCAUCAUCUCUCCAUUCCGAAUUUUGUUGGAAAUUUUCGUUUGCUGAAAUCAGAACAGCCACCAACGACUUUGACGAUGCUCUCAUUCUUGGUGUUGGGGGCUUCGGUAACGUGUACAAAGGGUUCAUUAGCGGUGGGGUGAACCCGGUCGCGAUCAAGCGGUUGAACCCAGGGUCAAACCAGGGGGCUCACGAGUUCCACGCCGAGAUCAAGAUGCUCUCCCAGCUUCGUUACCUCAAUCUCGUUUCUCUGAUCGGAUAUUGUAACGAUGACGAUGAGAUGAUUCUUGUCUAUGAAUAUAUGGCACACGGGACUCUUCGUGAUCAUUUGUACAACACAGAUAAUCCUCCUCUCCCGUGGAAGCUACGCCUUGAGAUAUGUAUCGGUGCGGCGCGAGCUUUGAAUUACCUUCACACGGACGCGAAGCAAACGGUCAUUCAUCGUGAUGUGAAGACAACAAAUAUCUUAUUGAAUGAGAAAUGGGUGGCCAAACUGUCCGAUUUUGGAUUGUCCAAAAUAGGCCCCUUUGGCUCCCAUGUCAGCACUGUAGUUAAGGGCAGUUUUGGGUAUUUGGACCCGGAAUAUUACCGACGUCAACAACUGACUGAGAAGUCUGAUGUGUACUCAUUCGGUGUGGUUUUGUGUGAAGUAUUGUGUGCAAGGCCACCCAUAAUACAUGAUAUUGCAGAGACAGCAAUGGGCCUAGCGAGGUGGGUGCAAAAAGGCUAUCGCAAUGGAGAGGUUGAGCAGAUGGUUGAUCCAUUUUUAAAAGGUAAAAUAGGGAAACGGUGCUUGAAGAAAUUUGUUGAGAUCGCAGUGAGUUGUUUGCUUGACAACGGAAUCGAACGGCCAUCAAUGAAUGAAGUGUUGUGGGGCCUUGAGUUCGCAUUGCAAUUGCAAGAGAGUGUAGACAAAGAUGUAAGGCUUGCUGUGGUUGAAGCUGAGGCAUUAAUGGAUGAUGAGAAAGCUCUCUUCCCCAUCUCCACACUUGAUGGUAGUGAUCAUGACAUGCUUAGUUGCAGCAGUGGACAAGUGUCAAGUACAAAUAGCACCAGCUGGGUGACGAUAAUGAGCAACGAAGAGCAAAGUUUUGCAAGUAGCGGUCAGGAUUCAGCAAACUGAGAGUUCUCUCAGAUUGUGAAUCCUAACGGUCCGUGA